UACAUUGUAGCGGUCUGUUGUCAGACUGAAGCGGGAUUGAGGAUUAUUAGAGCCGCAGCAGCAUUCCGGUAACAAGCUGCUGCUACAAAGAGCUGAACACUCUUUAUUAUCUGCUGCUGCACACACAGGAUUAUUAUUAUUAUUAUUACCAUGGAGGGAAGAAGACUAACAGCGGCUUUAUUCUUCUGUUUCUUCUCCUGUCUGUCUGUACACGCUGCCUCAGACUCCUAUCCCCCAGCACAGAAUGUCACCUGGCAAUCCACCAACUUUAAAACCAUUCUGAUGUGGGAACCCAAACCCUCAGCUGAUUACUCCUAUACAGUGGAGUACUUCCCGGUUGGAGGGGACAAACAGAGGAACCCUCACUGUAUCCGGUCCUCGAUGGUGGUCUGUGAUCUGUCCAGCUCUCUAACAGACGUGAAUGCCUGCUACACAGCUGACGUCCUGUCUGAACCCCCACGGGGGGCCAGCUCGGACCUCAUCGAGUUCCCUUACACCAGCUCUCCACGGUUCUGCCCCUACAAAGACACUAAUAUCGGCCGGCCGGACUUCAAGCUGGAGGUGAGUGAGAACAAGAAGAAGACCACCCUGUAUGUGACCGACCCGCUCACCGCCGUGUUUCAAGAUGGCCGCCAGCUGAACAUCAGAGACGUCUUCUCCGAUCAGCUGCAGUACAAAGUCACCUACUGGAGAAAUAAGAGCACCGGCAAGAAAGUGUCCUUCUCUAAGAGCAACGUGGUGGAGGUGACGGGGCUGGACCCUGGAGAGAGCUACUGCUUCAUCAUCCAGGCUUAUAUUCCCAGUCGCAGCCAGGACAAGCAACUGGGAGAGCUGAGUCAACCCCAGUGCUCCACUCAGGACAACCCGUCCAUCUUCGAAGUGUAUUCUGUGGGUGUGAUCGCGUCGGCCAUCUUCCUCAUCCUGCUGCUCAUCGGCCUGGUCGUCGUGGUGACGGUGGUCUGCUGCAAGCGCAGGAAGAACGCUCUCAAAAGUGGAAAAGACGGAGUUCCUGUUGAGAACGUCCUCUAAUCUGUCAAACACUGGAAUCAAACCUUCUUUUAGUUUCUGUGAAACUGUCCUUUUCUUUCUUCUUUUGAUCAUUUCAAGCUGCAGAAAAAGAGACUUUAGGAAAACACUGUUUGAACACUCCGCUGCUGGACACACUAUCACACUGCUGACGCUGUAAUAUAUCAUUCCUCCUCUUUUAUAUGUUGAUUGGUACCUCUGAUGACUCUAGAUGGACACACUAGUACAAACUGAUUUAUUUAUUCUAUUUUAUAGGGUGUUUUCUAACUUGAAACGGCUGUCAUGGUGAGGUGUUUUUUAUUUUUUAAACUGGUGAAAGCAACACUUUAUGGGUUAAUCAAGACCAAGUAUAUAUUAUUUUUGUAUCUGAUUCUUAACUUAUUGUGUUAAAAUGAAAUUAACAUAUUUGUAUAUGAUGCUAUUAUUUUUUUUUAUUUUUAGCAAUUUUAUUCUUUUUACAGAUUGUUGAUUAAUUAAUUAUUUGGUGACAUGUUGAA